AUGAUACCAAAGAAGUUCAUGAGCUACUUCACACUCUUCUCGGGCUUCGAUUACGAUGUGAUGGCACCAAUCAGCAUUGAGUUCGGAUGUAUUGUCGAGAGCCGUGAUUGGCGCCGUGGUUCCAAGGCCUGGCGCAUCAAUUGGCACCUCUGCAUGGUCAGCGAGUACCAAGUCCUCAUUGGAAGGCACGCAAAUGAACUUGCGACCUGGCAGGGUGUCUGCAAAAAGACUGGCCUGGAGGACGAUUUUACGUCCAUCGCCCAGUGCACAAAGGCCUUGGAUCAUAUCCAUCUAAACAUCAUUGACUUGAUUGACUUGAUUGAGUUCCGGGAGACCGACAAUGUGCCCCAACGUUUCAGCAAUGGCCGGGACUAG